CCUAGUUGGGGCUGGCCCUCACCCAAAGUCCAAACCACCUCACAUCUUCUCUCACUCUUUCCUUUGCAGAAUUCCUAGCUUUUUCUUGGUUAUCUUGCCUUUUCUUUAGCUGAACAUGUUCUUUGUUUAGGAAUUUUCUUUUGGGCUAAUUUGUCACCCCCUUCUCCAUGGUCUGCCACUGUAAUCAUCACAAUCUGUACACCAUCUCUAUAACACCCAGCUACUGAAAAAUUUCUCUCUUUAUUCACAUAUAUAGAUAGAAAGAAGAGGGUUGUAGGGAUUUGGAGGAAAACCAUCUUAUUGUCUGUUCUUUCCAUGUUUGAUUGCAUGGUGUGGGCUCAAUGGGUUUAAGGGAGAUUUGAAAGAGAUAUCUGAAUUGUGUUGCAGAGCUGCUCAGACAAGCAAUCCAUGGUUAGAUAGCGACUUGGAGAAUAACCCAUCAUCAUCAUCUCUUCACGAGAUUUUGCUUUUGCCACCCUCCUUUGAAUGAUGCCUUUCUGUGGCUAAAUGUCACUGCCACCUGUUCACCAUCAAGCCUGUGUUUAGUUUGCAUAUCAAAGCUAGAGGUGGGAUUCUCUUUGUUUCUGCCUUCCUCCCUCUCGUCCUUCCUCUUCUUGGUUUUUUCUUCAAAGGUGCAAAAGUAGGGGUUGCUUACAAGGGUGGAAGUGGUGGAUAUCAAACAAAACAAAGAGAGAUUACAUAUCUCUCUGCCUUUUGGUUUUCUUUCUUGGACUUUUCUUCACAGGCAUGUUUCCUGCAGCCAUGUCCAAUUCAACUUCUUUAUCUGAGGAAGCUAGCGUUUCUUCUGGCACCAGAGUUCAGGACUUCAGCAGCUUGAAUCCAGUGGUUUCAGGCAUUUCUUCUCAGCAGCAAAAUCAACAGAAGAUCAAGAAGAAGAGAAACCUCCCUGGAAACCCAGACCCAGAUGCUGAAGUGAUUGCUUUAUCUCCAAAGACCCUACUUGCUACCAAUAGAUUUGUCUGUGAGAUCUGCAACAAAGGGUUUCAGAGAGAUCAGAACCUUCAGCUCCACAGGAGAGGCCACAACCUUCCAUGGAAGCUGAAGCAAAGAAACAGCAAAGAGAUAAAAAAGAAAGCCUAUGUUUGCCCUGAGCCCACAUGUGUCCACCACCAUCCCUCAAGGGCCCUUGGCGAUCUUACAGGAAUCAAGAAACACUUCUGUAGGAAACAUGGGGAGAAGAAAUGGAAGUGUGAGAAGUGUUCAAAGAUCUAUGCAGUUCAAUCAGAUUGGAAGGCUCACUCUAAAACCUGUGGAACUAGAGAAUACAGAUGUGACUGUGGAACCCUUUUCUCCAGGAAGGAUAGCUUCAUCACCCACAGAGCAUUUUGUGAUGCUUUAGCUGAAGAAAGUGCAAGGCUUUCAGUGAUGAACUCAACCAACCAACUUCUCAAUCUUCACCCACAAAACCCAUGUUCUUUCUUUCCUGCUUUCUCAACCCACCACCAGCAGCAGCAGCACUUCCCAAACCCACCAACCCACAUUUCUCUGACUUCAUGGGAUUCACCUCAAAACCCUAACCCUAACAACCCUAACCAAAGCCCACUUCAGAUCAAGCCUGAAAUUCACCACCUCCAAAUCCCAUCACCCAUCUCUCCACAAUUUUUCCAAGAACAACCACCACCACCCCCACCGACACAGCAGAAGAACUUGAUGACUUCACCCUUCCAAAACUUCCACGUAAGCACACAGCCCACCUCGGCACACCUGUCAGCCACUGCACUCCUCCAGAAGGCUGCAACUGUUGGUGCAACUGCCAACAUCUCAUUCACAGGCUCUUCACAAUCUCACAUGUCUCGCCUACACAUGGCGGAGCUUGGCUCAUUCCCCCACGUGGGCGCCGGAAUCUCGCCGGAGUACCUGGGUUUCGCCUCUGGAAACCUUUCCACGUGGCAAAAAAGCGACCGGCUGACCAGGGACUUCCUGGGUCUGACUGGUGAGUCUGGUGGCUGUGGUGGAGGAGGAGGAGGAGGAGGAGGAGGAGGAGGCAGUGGUGGCGGUGCUGAUGGAGCGGUUAACGUUAGCGUGAAUAUGAGGGACAUGCUACAGUACACGGGAGGCGUAGAGUUCCAACCCUACGACCGUGACCACUCCUUGCUGAAGGCCCAUGGCUUCGAAACCUGGGGUGACUGUUAGAAAGAACCCAAGGGUAAAACAGUAACUUAACUCUCCCUUGCUACGAAUUGACGAAAACACCCCCCUCCACCUCCCAUCAUUUCAUAUUUUCCCUUUUCUUUUUCUUUUUCUUUUUUUUUUCCUUUUAGUAGUUUAAUUUCCUCAUAAGGGUUUGAUGCAUUUUAUUUUCUUUUUUCGUCAGAGGUAAUCAUGUAGCCUAGAAGACAUAAAAAGUAUAAUGAGGCAUCCGAAUGAUAUUAUUGUAAUUUUGUCAAUCAAGAAUGUCAUAUUACUUAUGGAGA